AGGUGUUACGUAAGAAAGUUGUUUCAAUUAUGAAUUCCAUUCCAAGCGAUACAAUUUAUUUUCUGGCUGAUAUGGAAGAUCACGAAGCUAGAUUUAAAGCUUUUGUGAAUCCAUUGAUCGGUCAACAGAAGCAAGCUAUUGUUUUUACACCGCAUAUCGAGACAAUCAAAAAGGAAGUUGAACUAUUGAAACAAAAAGGCAUCAAUUGUGCUGGUUACAGCUCUGAAGUAGAUUAUGAAAUACGAGAUGGGAUAAGAGAUCAAUUUGAGAAUGGUGAAAUUCAGAUUUUGUAUGCGACGCCAUUGAUGUAUUUCGUUAAUCGGGAGGAGUUUUUCCCGAGAUUCGUUCGUAAGCAGUUAUCGGAAGGAAAUUUAGCUUAUAUCGUAUUUGAUGAUGCAAAGUUUUUGUAUAAGUACAACUUUGAUGGUUUUGGCUUCCAUAGUUAUCAUGACUUUGCCAAGUUAAAAGAUUUUGCCCCAAAUCUACAUUGGAAAGUAAUCGUUGAUCCAGUUUGUCGUGAAAAACUCGAAGAAAUUUCGAAGAUACUUCGUUUGAAUGAACCAACAAUCAAUAUGGCGCUUCCUACAUUUUCAAAGUUGAAAAGCAUGGAGAGCUUGGGAACCUUGGAGAAUUUGGAAAAAGUCUUAAAAUGUUCGCCAUUGAAGCAGCCGGUUUCAAGGAUCGUCUCACAAAAUGUGCAAUUGGAAAAUUUACCUAAAAUUGAAGAAAUUCGAAAUUAAUUAAAAUAUAAUUUUUUGACCCAGUAGGAAAUCUAAAA